UAAAUUUGAAAUUUCAGCGCUGAAACGUCGCUAACUGUUUACUGCUGGCAUUGUGAGCUGCGCUAAACAUUUGGACCACGACUUCGUGAAACAAUCCAAAUCUUUAGAUUCGUAAUGUCUUUCCCGAGAGCUCCUUUGAAAAGGUUCAACGAAGCUGUUGGUUGCGCCCCAGCGCCAGGCAUCUAUGACAUCAAACCUGAAGAACCGAAAGGACCUGCAUCCUUUGAAAAAUCAGAUCGCUUCAAACAUGCUAAGGCCGCUGGGUGUUCAGUGCCUCCUUCGUCACCCUCGAGAAUUCUACUGAUGUCUCCAGUCAGAAGAACAGUAUCUGUUGAUGGAAUGGUCGGGGCGUCAAGUACAAAAAAGAGAGAACAUUCCUUGGAAAUGAAACAGCGUCGAUUAUUGGAGAAAGAGAUCCGCUCACUGGUCCAGCAGAGAGGAGAGCAAGAUCGAAGGUUGUUCUCCCUUGAGGAGGAUUUAAAAAAGGUGGAGGCCAAACUGUUGGCGGCAAUCAGGGAAAAGACCGGUCUCACCGCUAACAUCACCACCCUUGAAAGACAGAGAGCAGAACUAAAGAAAGUCAAUGACUUUUUAAAAAACAAGGUUUCAGCUGACACAACGAAAAAGCGGAUCAAUUCACUUACAAUGGAGUUGAUGGAAGCCAGGAACAGAUUGGACAGCAAAAAUAAGGAGCUAAGUGUUCUACAGCUCAGCUCUGAUGGUCAACUCAAGGUGUCAGAAACCGAUCUCAGAGCUAGCAAGGACACUGUCAAAGCUUUAACAGAGAGGAAUAAUGACUUGGAGGACCUCCAUGAAGUGUUGAAAACCCAAAAUGAGGAGUUUGCACAACAGAAUGGCAGGUUACAUGCUGAGAUUAGGGAACUCCAAGAGGAAAUCAAGGUUGUGCAAGGAUAUCUGGAUGUAUCAAAUGAUCAGAUUCAGGAUCUCCAAUUAAAGCUUAAAGAGACAACACAGCAGGGCAACGUCUUUAACUCAGAGCUGCAGAACAUGAAACACCUUGAGCAGGAGCUCGAACAGUGCAGAGCAAAGCUUGAAAGCACAGAAGUUGCGCUGAGGCAAAAAGAGGAGGAUCUGCUGAAAUGUGAGCUUGAGAUGCAGGCCUCUCAGGAGGCUUUAUCAGAAGUGGAGAGGAUGUUGAUGAGCCAAACGUUAGAGCUUAAGGAGUCCCAAAAGUCACUGAGUGACUUGGAGACGCAAUUGAAGCUCCUCAAUCAAGACGUUCAGGACUCUCAAGCCACAGUUGGUCAGCAGGAGGCUGAACUGAUAUUGCUGCGGGAGGUGCUCCAGAGAACAGAGAGGAAGAUGAGUGAAGAUGUGGCACAUCUUGAAAAUAAGUGUUUGCUUUUGGCAGAGGAGAAAAACACAUUUCAAGAUGAGGGCUUCAGGAGACUGGAGGAGUUGACCACAGAGCUCCAACUGCUGAAGGACACUAACCGAGAUGAGGAAGAGAAAAAGAUUCAGCUCCAGCACGAGCAUGCUUCUCUCACUGAGGAACUGACAAAAGAAAGGGCUCUGGUAGACUGUCUGACUGUGCUGCUUGAGCAAGAGAGGCAGGAGUCAGAGGAGUGCCGAAAUAAGCUGAAUGAGGAGUUGGAGGAGGUGCUGGGAGAGCUGGCUCUCAUGGAGGAACAGGCACAAAGACGAGGUGAAGCAAGGGAACAGAGCCAGGAGGAAGUGAAUGCGAAUGAGAAAGAACUGAGGGAACACUUUGAGCGUGACCUGACAUUGUUGAAAGAGGAACAUUCGGAAUUACAAGAGGCCCACUCAAGCACGUUGAAGAGAAUGGGAGAGAUGUCUACAGAGCUGGAAUGCACCAAAGAUGCCCUGAGGAGCGCAGAGGAAAGCUAUCAAAAAUUGGGGGAGAAGAUGGAAAGAGUGACCCAACAGAUGAAAGAGGAGAUGGACAAAGUGAUUCAACAAAAAGAUGAGGAGCACCAACUAAGACAGAAGAAUUCAGGAGAUUUGCAGGAGGUGCAAGCUCGUCUCGCUCAAAAAGUUCAGGAGAUGCAGGCCUUGGAGGCCAGCCAUGCUGUGAGAAUUUCUCAGUUAGAGCAGGAGCUUCAGCAACAGGCAGAAAGCAAGGAAAAAGCAUUGAGGCAAGUUGAAGAGCAGAAAGGACAGCAUCUUGCUGAGCUUCACUAUCAAGAACAAAUGGCUAAGAAACAGCUUGAGGAAGUUUGCAGGGAAAAGGUGAACGUAAUGGAACAAUUGCUACAAGAAAAAGAGGAAAAAGCUAAAUACCAAACGGAGCUUGAGGCAAAAAGGAUGACACUGGAGGCUGGAAUUAAAGACCACCAACAGUUUAGGUCAGAGGUUUUCAGGCUACAGACUGAGCUCAAUAGACUAGACGAAGAAAGAAGUCGACUUUUCUCUCAAGUUGAACUCUCAGAACAGUCAUUAAUGGAGGCAGAUACAGAGAAGAGGCGGCUUCAAGCUCGCUUGAAUGAAAUUCAGCUCGAGUGUGUGAACCUUCAGGCGCAAACGGCCCUCACAGAGGAGAAGGUGGAGGUUUUGCAGUGUAAAAUGGGAGACCAACAACAAGAGUGGCACGCUCUGCAGCACCAAGUCCAGAUGCUGACUCAGGAGAAGGUCACACUGCAGUGGGAGAUGGACGAGCAGCAACAGAAACUCCAAAAACAAAUAAUUGAAGCAGAAAGUUCUACAAGUCCUGAGACAGAACACUGGAGAUCACAGUAUGAGGAGCUGUUUGCUAAGGUUAAACCCUUCGAGGAGCAGUUGAAUUACUUUGCUGCUGAACGAGAUGCACUCAUCAAUGAAAAUGGAGCAAACCAGGAAGAAAUAAACAAGCUUGCAGAUGCUUACGCUCGUCUGCUGGGUCACCAGAAUCAGAAGCAGAAGAUUAAACAUGUGAUGCAGCUAAAGGAUGAGAAUUUUAACCUGAAACAGGAGGUGCUGAAGCUCCGCUCCCAGUUGAGCCGUCAGAAGAGUAAUCCAAAUCACCUCAAAUCCAAACCCCCGGCUCGUGGCAUGUUUGAUCCGAGUAAAGCGUUCCAACAUAAUAAGGAGAACAGGUACACUGAGACUGCAACACCUCUGAAAGAAGAAAAUCACACAGCAAAGAGAUUCAACUAGAUGACAUCGUCGAUAAUUGAGCUUUGUGUGCGUGCGUGCGUGCGUGCGUGCGCGCGUGCGUACGUUGAGGUUUAAAAAUCUUUUUUUGGUAUGCUUCUCCACUGUUUUGAUAGCAUUACAGUUCUAUAAUCUUUACUACACAGGGAUCGGGAUAGAGGACUUCUAUUUCUCAAAGAAAUGCUCAAGAAGUGUAUUUAGAAUGAUUAACAAAUGGUUAUUUUACUAACAAUCAAAAGUCUAAUGAGCUUUGUUAUAUUUUUAUUCAUGUAGAUGAGAUAGUUUAGUCUAGGGUAUUGGGGUGCAACAAUUUCUCUUGUAAAUAAAGUCACCUUUCAACACUUC